CCCAUUUCAAAUCAAACCCCAAAUUGCAUAUGGUCCAAUUUGGUUUCCACAAAAACAAAUAUUCUCACACCAGUUUUUAUGAAGUCAACGUGUGUCCAUGCUCGACAGUGGCAGACUGGCAGCUUAUAGUGCCACCGAUUCAAAAAUAUGGAGCCAACCGAUCCUCUGCUAAUCUCAAGUUCCAGAGGGAAUCAGUCCCAAGAAGAAGAAGCAAAAUUGGUGAAUGAAACAUGGGGAGAAUCGAAGAAGAUAUGGCAAAUAGCCGGACCCACAAUCUUCAGCCGUCUGGCCAUGUUUUCUCUUACCGUCAUCACCCAGUCAUUCGCCGGUCACCUCGGAAACGGCAACCUCGCCGCCAUCUCCAUUGUCACCACUCUGCUCAUCGGCAUCACCUUUGGCUUAUUGCUUGGGAUGGCAAGUGCAAUGGAAACAUUGUGUGGCCAAGCUUAUGGAGCAAAGCAGUAUCACAUGCUGGGCAUAUACUUGCAGCGCUCAUGUAUUCUGCUCUCUUUGAGCUCUAUUGCUUUGUUGCCUCUUUUUAUGUUUGCCUCUCCCAUAGUUAAACUCUUGGGUCAGUCAGAUGACGUGGCUGAAUUGACCGGUGAGGUGGCGAUAUGGCUAAUCCCUAUGCACUUGAGCUUUCCCUUUCAGUUUACAUUGAUGAGAUUCCUGCAGUGCCAACUAAAGACUUUGGUGAUCGCUUGGGUUUGUGGUGGAACACUUCUACUCCACGUAGUUUUGAACUGGGUUUUUGUUUAUACGUUGAGAGUUGGGAUUGUUGGAACUGCUAUUGUUCUUGAUAUUUCAUGGUGGGCUUCUGUUAUUGGACUUGUGGCUUAUAUUGUCUUUGGAGGAUGCCCACAUUCUUGGACUGGUUUCUCUAGGCAAGGGAUCUUUGGUCUUUGGCAGUUCUUUAAGCUUUCUUUGGCCUCUGGAGUUAUGCUCUCAUUGGAGAAUUUCUACUUUAGAGUUUUAAUCAUCGUCUCAGGCUAUAUGAAGAAUAUUGAUGUUUCCAUUGACGCUCUCUCCGUCUGUGUUACUAUCAUCGGUUGGGAAUCCAUGAUUCCAUUAGGACUAUUUGCUGCAACAGGGAUUCGUGUGGCAACUGAACUAGGAGCAGGAAAUAGAAAAGGAGCAAGACUUGCAACUAAAGUGUCAUUAUUGAACUCUUUUAUAAUUGGCGUCAUGUUUUGGUUGAUUAUUAUGGCAUAUCCUGAGAAGCUUGCUAUGAUCUUUACCUCAAACACCGCUGUUAUAAAAAUGGUUCAUGACCUUUCUUUCUUGUUAGCAACUACUCUUCUCAUCAACUGCAUUCAACCCAUACUCUCAGGAGUAGCUGUUGGAAUUGGUUGGCAGGCGCUGGUGGCAUAUGUAAACAUCGGAAGUUACUAUCUCGUUGGGAUCCCAUUAGGGCUAUUCCUAGGAUACUUCUACCAUUUCGGAUUGAAGGUAAUUGUAUAUGUAUUAUGAAUUACUAUGUUUAAGAUCAUGGAAGCAAAGUUUGUGUGAUUGUACUAGGUUUUGGCUGGGCUAGUUUUUAACCUCUGUUAAGACCCGGAGUUCCAUCCUAAAAGGUCAACCUGAAUGGAGGAGUAGCCCACAUCUUAACAUAGCACUUUAUUGAUUCAAACUUGUCCGGUGUGGGAUUCUAACAACCUCCUUAUUUUCAGGGCAUCUGGAUAGGAAUGAUGUGUGGAACAGUGGUUCAAACAUUGAUUUUAACAGUUCUCACAUUGAGAUGUGGGUGGUAGAGGUAAAUUUAGGGGCCGCGGGUCUUUCUACAUUAUGUUAUUUGUAAAACAGCCCUUCUUCCUGAGCUACUGACGUUAAAAUCCCACUAGAGUGACCAAAUCCUCAUAGGUAUCUUACUCUUUCCUUAGAGCCUUCAAAAUGUGAAGUUUUUGUUACCCUCUUCUCACUGUGCGGGUAUCAGUUAACUGAACCUGUUGUGUAUAAAAGUGUAAAUGUACGCAUUAAAAGUGCUCUAUGGCCUAUGCGUAUUAUAUCCCACAAGUUUAUUCAUUUGACAAAUACUGGUAAGAGUUUUUGGUUUCGGUUUGAGAAUGCAAUGUAUUAGAAGAGGUUGUGCUAUAGAAGUAUAGAGUUUGGUGCCAAUAGCAUUAUAUAGAAGUGAUUUAGGGAAUUG